AUGGAUCAGCAACAGCAACAGCCCGGUCAGAAUGGUCCGCAGGGGCCCGCCGGACGUCGACUGCACAUUGCUCAUCGCCGCAGCCCAUCAGAGAUGACCCCAUUGAUGAUGGAACAGCUAGCUCUUGCCCAGCAGAUUGAGAUGCUGCAGGCCCAGCAACAGCAGAUCGCUGCUACCCACCAGCAGUACGUCAACAUGGGCAUGAUCCCGCAGCAACAACAACUCCCCAACCAAUUCCAGCAAAUGCAGGGACAGAUGCAGAACCUCAACGUGUCACCCCAACCCGGCGCUUUCCAAUUCCCGCAAGGUCAGCAGAUGGGCCAGCAACCUAUGGGCAUGUCGAUGGGUCAAGCCUCUGCACAUCGUCGCAAUCAGUCCGCAAUGCCCAACAUGGGUAUGGGCCCACCUCCUGCGCCGUCGUCCGGGGCAUCCGGAACGGGCUUUGCCGACUUUGGAGCCUUCGGGGCCAGCAUACCAAGAAACGAGAACGCAGCGCCGACUCGAGGAAGAGGUGGUGGUGCAGCAGGUGGUGGACACGCACGGAGACACUCGCUUGCCUUGCCCGAGGCCAAGAAAGCUGCUGAGCUGGCAGAGGCGAAACGGAAGACUAGUGGUUUCCAGUUUCCACUCCCUGGCGCGAGCACCGAUUCUCCACCCGCGAAGGAUCGUACUGCAAGUCCUGCCAACGCAGCCAGCGAUGCCACCCAGACCACUCCAUCCAGUGCGUCUCGAGGCGGCAUGGCUGGGCGUGGUCACGGCCGAAGCCAAAGCAUGGCUGUCGGAAAUGGUCGCGGCAUGGGUCAAAGUAGCCGUGGAGGUCCGCAAGGCUUCCAAUUCCCACCACCACAGGCCACAAAUGACGGCGGCGCGAAUACAUCCGAGCUAGGCCGACGCGGUAGCCAAGGACAUGGACGAACAGGAUCCAGGAACUUUGAGGGUAACUGGCGCAACCCCAACAACAACAACCAGUCCAUCAGUGAACCGCAGAACAGCAACAUGGGUAACUUCCAUAUGAACCAGCAUGCGUCCGCUCAGCCAUUUCAGCCUGGUCAUCGCCAGCGCGGAUCAGUCAACCAAUCCCUCAGCUCUAUGCAGGGCUUCCAAUACCAGCCUCAGCCACAGCUCAUGCAGCUCACACAAGGUCAGGUCCUUGUUCAACAGCCAGGCAUGUUCGGUGGUCAGCAGCUGAACGCUCUUCAGCUCGCCCAGCUUCAAGCCUACCAGCAGGCAGGUAUCCCUGCACCAAGUCUCGCCCAGCUCACUGGCGCACACAACAUGCCACAGAUGGGUCCAGGUAUGGGCGGUGGACAGCAACAGCAGCGCAAGACUCUGUUCACCCCAUACUUGCCUCAAGCAACACUUCCAGCUCUUCUGGCUGAUGGCCAGCUUGUGGCUGGUAUACUCCGUGUCAACAAGAAGAACCGCAGCGACGCCUAUGUUACUACCACCGACCUCGAUGCAGAUAUCUUCAUCUGUGGUAGCAAGGACCGCAACAGAGCUCUCGAAGGAGAUCUCGUUGCUGUUGAGCUGCUUGAUGUUGACGAAGUCUGGGGUCAGAAGCGUGAAAAGGAAGAGAAGAAGAAGCGCAAGGACGUGACUGACGCGCGUAGUGGCAGCGUUACCGCAGUCAACGAUGCUACUACUCAGCCUGAGAGUGCUGCAGAUGGUGGCCUCCGCCGACGUGGCAGCUUGAAGCAACGUCCAACACAGAAGAAGAACGAUGAUGUCGAGGUCGAAGGUCAGAGCCUGCUCCUCAUGGAGGAAGACGAGAUCAACGAUGAGCAGAAGCCCCUUUACGCCGGACACAUCGUUGCUGUCAUCGAGCGUGUUGCAGGACAGAUGUUCUCUGGAUCACUCGGUCUGCUGCGACCAAGCAGCCAAGCAACAAAGGAGAAGCAAGAGGCAGAGCGUCAAGCUCGUGAGGGUGGUCACGGUCGCCCAGAGCGUCAACAAGAGCGUCCAAAGAUUGUUUGGUUCAAGCCAACCGACAAGCGUGUACCACUGAUCGCCAUUCCAACUGAGCAAGCACCCAAGGACUUCGUCGAUCGCCAUCAUGAAUAUGCCGGCAAGAUCUUUGUCGCAUGCAUCAAGCGCUGGCCAAUAACCAGUCUGCAUCCUUUCGGUACUCUCGUUGAGCAACUGGGCGAUGCCGGCGAUCUUAAGGUGGAAACUGAUGCAUUGCUUCGCGACAACAACUUCGGUCCAGACGAUUUCUCCGAUGCUGUCAUUAAGAAUGUCGGCUACGAGGACUGGUCUGUCGAGAACGACGGCGAGACUGCUCUGGAUGGACGCCGCGACUUCCGCGAAGAGCAGACUUUCACCAUCGACCCGAACGGCAGCAAAGAGCUCGACGAUGCCAUUCACUUCAAGGAAUUGGCUGAUGGAUUCGUCGAGAUCGGCAUCCACGUGGCAGAUGUUGCCCACUUCGUGAAGGCAAACUCUCUCGUGGAUCGUGAGGCCAAGAAGCGAGGUACUGGAGUAUACUUGAUGAAUAGAAGCGUCAACAUGCUUCCGUCCAAGCUUUCGCAGGAAGUUUGCUGCCUUCAGCCAGGUGAAGACCGCUACACUGUCUCGGUCGUUCUCAAGGUUGACGCUACUGGCCGCGUUGUCGACGAUGACACCUGGAUCGGCAAGUCGGUCAUCAAGAGUUCUGGCAAGCUUUCUUACGAUGAAGUCGAUGCUGUUAUCAACGGCGAGACGCCAUCUUCCGUCGGCGAAGAGCGAACCAAGCAAAUCCUCCAAUUGCACUCCAUUGCACAAAAGCUCCGACAAGCACGGUACGGCAGCGAUGAGAGCAGCAUCCCUCCACUCCGUCUGCUGUACCAGCUUGACGACGAGAAUGUUCCUGUGGAGCACAAUAUCUUCGACUCAAGCCCAUCACACGAAAUGAUCGAGGAGUUGAGCCAUAAGACGAAUGCCUUGGUCGCCCAGAAGAUUUACGAGUCUCUUGGAGAGCGAGCACUGCUCCGCCGUCAAGCAUCGCCAAACCCAAGACGCCUACGCACCUUUGCCGAACGCAUGGCAAACAUUGGCUACGACAUCGACAUCUCCACAUCGGCUGCGCUUCAGAACAGCCUUUUCCGUAUUGACGAUGCAGAAAUCCGCAAGGGUAUGGAAACACUCAUCGUCAAAGCCAUGGGUCGUGCCAAGUACAUCGUGCCCGGCAGAGCUGCCGACUCCGACCUGAGCCACUACGCCCUUAACCUGCCGCUCUACACACACUUCACUAACCCAUCGCGCCGCUAUGCCGACAUCAUUGUACACCGCCAGCUGGAGUCGGUCCUUUCUGAAGGUGCCGUGGAGUUUGCUGAAGACUUGGAAUCACUAAACAAAACCGCGGAGACAUGCAACACCAAGAAGGACUCUGCUCAUGCCGCUCAGGAGCAGAGUGUGCACAUUGAGUCUUGCCGAAAGAUGAACAAGCUGAGUGAAGAGCAAGGCGGUGACCUGAUUUCGGUUGGUAUCGUUGUUUGCGUGUACGAGUCGGCGUUUGAUGUUCUGAUCCCGGAAUACGGUUUCGAGAAAAGAGUACACUGCGACCAGCUGCCACUCAAGAAGGCAGAAUUCGACAAGAACACACGUCUUCUAGAGCUCUACUGGGAGAAGGGUGUACCUUCUUCGGCGUUCGUACCUGAGGAUGAGCGUCAACCAGCGAAGGGCCACCGCCCAACUCACAGCACUGUCGCACGGGAAGUAGCUGCCAAGCAGAAGGAGGCCCAAGAAGCUGAGCGAAAGGCCAUGAACACUGGCUCGAUUGAUGCACAGGAUGUUGAUGCUCUUUUCGACGAUGACGACGACAAUGCUUCAGAGGUUACCGACAACACAGCCGGUGUCGCGCUCAACGGUGACCGUGCCACACAGAGCGGUCCACCAUCGCCUACCAGAAAUGGUCUGGCACCACAACGCUCCAAGUCCGACUCUCGACUCCUCGCCAACAGCUCAGCACCAGAGUCCAAGCUGACGAACAAGGAUAAGUACCUUGGUUUGUUCGGCCUGCGUGAGCAGAACGGAGACUAUAUUCAGGACGUGAAGGAAAUGACCAGAGUUCCGGUCCUGUUGAGAACUGAUCUGACCAAGAGUCCACCGUGCUUGACCAUCCGCUCACUCAACCCUUAUGCUUUGUGA